ACAUUUUCUUCUCAUUUCACGUGCUCACUUGCCUGGAAGGGUUUCCACUUUGGACUUUGGUCCUGCAUUUUCUCUCUAAAGCCCCCUUCUAAAGGAAAUAUUCUGCUGUGUAAUUGGCUUCUCCAGCUGAAGCUGACAUCAUGAUGGGGGCAGAUUUUAUUUUGAUGUUCUUCGUCCUUUAUGCCACUCCAUCAGCUUCUGCAGGACUUCGUUCAACAGCUGAAAAUGAAGAUGCCCUCCUCAGACAUUUAUUUCGAGGCUAUCAGAAAUGGGUUCGCCCUGUAUUAAAUUCAAAUGAUACCAUAAAAGUAUAUUUUGGGCUGAAAAUAUCUCAGCUGGUAGAUGUGGAUGAAAAGAAUCAGCUGAUGACAACCAAUGUGUGGCUUAAACAGGAAUGGACAGACCACAAAUUACGUUGGAAUCCUGAUGAAUAUGGUGGCAUUCAUUCCAUUAAAGUUCCAUCAGAAUCUCUCUGGCUUCCUGACAUAGUUCUCUUUGAAAAUGCUGAUGGCCGUUUUGAAGGUUCCCUCAUGACCAAAGUGAUCGUGAAAUCCAAUGGAACCGUCGUUUGGAACCCUCCCGCCAGUUAUAAAAGUUCCUGCACUAUGGAUGUCACGUUUUUUCCGUUUGAUCGGCAAAAUUGCUCCAUGAAAUUUGGGUCCUGGACCUAUGAUGGUACUCUGGUUGAGCUCAUUUUGAUCAAUGAAAAUGUUGACAGAAAAGACUUCUUUGAUAACGGAGAAUGGGAAAUACUAAAUGCAAAAGGGAUGAAAGGAAAUCGCAGAGAUGGACUAUAUUGGUAUCCAUUCAUCACUUACUCCUUUGUCCUGAGACGUCUGCCUCUCUUCUACACCCUUUUCCUCAUAAUCCCCUGCUUGGGGCUGUCUUUUCUCACAGUCCUGGUCUUCUAUUUGCCAUCAGACGAAGGGGAGAAACUCUCCUUGUCCACCUCUGUUUUGGUUUCCCUGACAGUUUUUCUUUUAGUCAUUGAAGAAAUAAUCCCAUCUUCUUCCAAGGUCAUUCCUCUCAUUGGAGAAUAUCUCUUAUUCAUUAUGAUUUUCGUUACCCUGUCGAUCAUUGUGACCGUUUUCGUGAUCAAUGUUCACCACAGAUCUUCUUCGACUUACCAUCCCAUGGCCCCCUGGGUCAAGAGGCUAUUUCUGCAAAAACUUCCAAAAUUACUCUGUAUGAAGGACCGCACGGAUCACUCCUCUUUCCAGGAUGAAGAUGAGAGUAAACCAGUUGUGAAAGGGAAAGUCCUGGGUAAAAAGAAGCAAAAGCAAAUGAGUGAGGGAGAAAAAGUUCUGGUUGCUUUCCUGGAAAAAGCUGCUGAUUCCAUUAGAUACAUUUCUCAACAUGUGAAGAAAGAGCAUUUUAUCAGCCAGGUAGUUCAAGACUGGAAAUUUGUAGCUCAGGUUCUUGACCGAAUCUUCCUAUGGCUCUUCCUCACAGCAUCAGUCGCAGGCUCAAUUCUGAUUUUUACUCCCGCUUUGAAGAUGUGGCUGCAUAGUUACUCCUAAGACAAAGUCAUCAGAACAAACUAAAAUACAUUCCAUAAAAAUAAAAUUAAACCUAAAACCAAUAUCCAGCUAGCAUAUGCAUGCUAUUCAAAUCCUGUUUUUCCAAAGGCCUGUACUGUCCUCCAGGACAUUGACCCUUGGUAACUGGGUUUGCCCAUAUUUAAUUCAAGACACUAUAAGACUGAGUUGAA